AUGUCUUCUCAUCGAGCUAUCGGAACUGAGAGAGGAGAGGGAGAGGAGAGGAGAGGAGGAGCAGAGGAGCAGCGGAGCGGAGCAGCGCGGGGCGAGAGGUCGAGGCUAAACGCUUGGGAGGCCGGUGGCAGAACGUCUAGUAGCUGGGAGGGUGAGCUUGGACGAACGAAGACCAGGGAGCGUUCGGGGGAGCGUUCGGGACGAGCGCAGUGGCAGAGGCUGCCAGGGCGAGCGCAGUGCAGUGGCAGGCUGAGGAGCGAGGGAGCGAGACGCUGUGGCAGAGGGGCAGAAGAGGGGGAGAGCGCUGAGGGGGAGAGACAGAAGGGGGGCGCGGCGCGUGGGAGUGGCGGGUGCUAUCGACCGCCCGAUCUCGCUCGAGCGUGCUUAAAUCGCAAUCGCGACUCUUUCGUCUUUCCUCGCUCGGGGCUCCGGGAAAAUUUACUUAUCUCACAUCAUAAGUCGGUCAACACUAUCUUUCUCACAUACGAGCACUGUACUUAUCCCCCAUUUCUGCACGACUCGAUCGGUACAAGCACUUAUCAUCCGAGAACCCCUGUGACCGGUCAGGCGGGGGAGGUCGGGCCCGGUGUCGUCUUGCCCUCCUUCCAUGUAGAGUGCGGACGACCAGCCCUCAUUGGCCGCCGACGACGCUGGGAUUUGUCCACAGCGGCGAUCUUCCCCCGAUACCGGUUUCUCCUACCCCCCAGCCGGGACGCGCCACCGGCCCUCGCCAGCGACCGCUUUUGA